GCUCAUUGUUAUUAACUACGAAGGUUAAAAAUAAUGUGGGUACCUUCUAUCGUAAUGGUAUUCUUAUUGUGAACCUAUUUAUCACCAAUGUAAUUCAAUAUCAACAAGAAAUAAAUAAGAAGGAAUCAAAAACAAGUUAUAAUUAUGUCAUCUCUUCGAAAAUUAUUUGGUGACUACCGGUCCCUAGCAGGUGCAGUUGGAAGAAUGACUCAGAGAAACUCGGUUUUAUGGUUUUGCUCUGCAGUAAAAGAAGAAAAUCAAAUUGACAGAAAAGACAAAAAAAUGAGUAAAGCUAUGCGUGCAUAUUUAGAAAGGGCUACGAAGUACAAUGAGUUUAUGAAAAAAGAACGUGACGCUUAUGAAAUUGGUAGAAGACAUUUGGCUAAUAUGAUGGGCUGUGAUGCAGAAACAUUUUCCCAAGAACAGAUAGAUGAGGCUAUUGAGUAUCUAUUCCCUUCAGGCUUGUUUGAAAAGAAAGCGAGGCCAUUUUUAAAGCCACCUCAUUUAGUGUACCCACUAAAGAAAGAGGCAGAAUUUGAUGAAACUGGACGACCCUACCACUUUCUCUUUUAUACUGGAAAGCCAAACUUUUAUAGCAUACUACAUGAAGGAUACCAUCAUUUAAAAGCAUUGAAUGACAUGGAAGUUGGGAAAAAAGCGGCUAUGAAGCUAACAGAUGUAUUUGAACCACUGGAUCUUACUGGUUCUAAGUGGCUUGAGUUAAAGGAGCUAGAAGAACGUCUUGUCGAGCCCAUUAUGAAAUCUGAGUAUGCUAACUUUAUCAAUAUCAUGGAAAGGCUAUCUUCCCAUAAAAGAGCAUUUGCGGUAAAAGACUUCAUUAUGAAGAACAGGAAGCCCUUAAUGGACAAACAGAUGUCUUUUGAACCAACUGAGCCAUUGACUGAUACUGAUGGAAGGAAAUAUGUUUUAACUAGAGAAUGUCCAAGAAAAACUGCGAAAGCAGAUGUUAAAGUUAUAUCUCCUGGAACGGGUCUGAUUAGUAUAAAUGGGAAAAAUAUAGAAUAUUUCAGAUCAAUGGCAGCACGAAAACAGAUACUCUUUCCACUGGAUUUAACAGGGUUACGAGACGGUGUAGAUAUUGAAGCGACUGUGAAAGGUGGUGGAGAAAUUGGUCAAGCUGGAGCCAUACGUUGGGGAAUAUCAUGGGGGCUUCGGUGCUUCGUCUCCCCAGAUAUGUUUGAAACUAUGAGGCUUGCCGGACUCUUGCAGAGAGAUUACCGACGUCCAGAGAGGAAAAAGCCUGGUCAAGCUGGUGCGAGAAGGAAAUUCACUUGGAAAAAACGAUAAUUGUUUUGUGAAGCUGUUAGAAGUAUUCCUAAUAAUACAUUAAAUGUUUUGGUGCUAAAUUCAGCUUCACUAUUAUGUUAUAGUUUUUUGUUUUUUUUUCAAUUAAAUAUACGUUCAUAAUUUUAUUAUGCUGAUUUAAUUGGUUUAAUAAAUAUCAAUUAAUUAAAUCAUCCUGUUUAUAUAUUAAUUAAUGUGUUGUUUUUUAUUUCUUUGUAAAUUGUAAUAACUUUUCAUAACAUUAUAAUGAUUUGUGUACUGGAUCUCUAAGUGGGGUUAAUAUUUGAAAUACUGUUAAUAUUUAAAUUUUCAAAAACAUCAUUGAAUACAUUUGGAUUAGAUAAAUAUCAUCUCGUAUUUAUUAGUUAAAUUUCUUCUAAGUUUUGUAGUUCAAGUUUUUGUUACAAACAUUUCAUCUGCUGUUUUACUUUAAGAUUAUAGUCUAAAUUCCUGCAUAGAAAAUGAAAGUCUGACCAGCCAACUAAUGGUACAAUAUCAUCACUGACAAAGGAUCAUAAUCAUAUAUGCUUUUAUCCAUAAUUUUCGACAAGAAAGCUCACGAUGUCAGGAAAAAUUAAAUCCUAAAGCACUGAGGAUCA